AUGACCACGACAGGUGUCAAACGGGUGCUCUCCAUUCAAAGUCACGUAGUGCACGGCUAUGUGGGCAAUAAGGUGGCUACCUUUCCCCUCCAGCUUCUCGGCUUCGAUGUAGAUCCGCUGAAUUCCGUUCAGUUCUCGAAUCACACGGGCUACAAUUGCUUCAAGGGUCCAAUAUCCACUGAAAAAGAAUUGGCGAACAUAUUCGAGGGUCUGGAGGAGAAUAAGUUACUGGGUCACUAUUCCCAUUUACUGACGGGCUACAUUGGCAAUCCCUUGUUUCUGCGUCAAGUUGGAGAGAUUCUGCGAAGGAUCCGCAUAGCAAAUCCCGAUCUGAUCUAUGUAUGUGAUCCCGUCAUGGGCGACAAUGGCAGCAUGUACGUACCCAAAGAGCUGCUGCCCGUGUAUCGGGAUGAGAUCAUUCCCUUGGCUGACAUCGUGACGCCCAACCAGUACGAAGUCGAGCUGCUCACUGGCAAGGAGGUUCGCAGCGAGGCGGCUGUGUGGGAGGCGAUGGAUUGGUUCCACGAGCGUAAAAUAAAGACGGUUGUCAUCUCCAGUAGCGACUUGGGUCAGCCGGGCAUUCUGCGCGCCUUCCUGAGCCAGAUAAAUGGGCCACGGCUGGCUAUCGAUAUACCCAAGCAAGGCGACAAGGAUCUCUUUUUCACUGGCACCGGUGAUCUCUUUGCCUCGCUCUUUCUGGCUCACAGCCAUGCCAGCGGCGAUGUCACCGAAGCGUUCGAAAAGACCAUUGCCACCCUGCAGGCCGUGAUCAGGCGCACAGUUGAGCAGAUGCCCAGGCAACGGUCCAGUGGACCUGUUCAGGCCUGGGAGCGAGAGCUAAAACUCAUUCAAAGCAAGUCGGAGAUCGAACACCCGAAGGUGGUGCUCAAAGCCCAACGCCUCAACUAGAGCAGCACGGUGCGCACUCAACCAAACGGACAAUACAAUGAACAAUACUUAUCUAAUCCAAAUAUACAUACCAGAAUAAUAAUGCCCUUACAGCCGA